AUGUCAUUACAGCCGGAGAUAGCAAAUACCACAGCCGCCACGGGUGGCGGCACUAUAUCGGAAGAAAAGCCAGGCUUUGACAAAGAGCCCGACGUCGCGGCCGUGGAGAUCGACUCCACAUCGUCAAAAGCACAUGCCAGCAGCAAAAACAGCGGCGGCAGCAGCAGCAGCAGUAGCAGUAGCACCCACGAAAAGGCCAACAGCACCGAGGAUAGCGACAACGAAGAUGUCAUCAUCAUCUCGGGCGAGGACGUGUCAAACCACCUGCUGCCGCUCCGGGACGAUGGGGAUCCGGCCUUGACGUUCCGCAGUAUAUUUCUCGCCACCUGCCUCGCCGCCUUUGAGAGUACGCUGUAUCAGAUAUACCAGUUCAAGCCGACCGAGAUCGAGGUGUCGUCUCUGUUCAUUGUGCUUAUCGCGCACUUUGCCGGCACCGCCUGGGCGACGUUGCUGCCCCGAGGUGACAAGCUCGAGGCUAGAUGGCGGGCUAGCGGCAGCACCGGCGCCCUGCCGUUGUGGAUCCAGAUCAUGUCCGUCGUCAACCCCGGGCCCUGGGGUCUCAAGGAGCAUGCCAUCUGCGCCAUAACGGCCGCGUCCUCAUCCAACGCCGCCGAGGCCAUCCUGGCCUUUACAGCGCAGGAUCUGUUCUACGACCUGGAGCUCAAGCCCGUGACGGUCGUGCUGUCCAUCAUCUCCAUCAGCUUGUUUGGGUACGGCAUCUGCGGUCUGAUCCGCCCCAUUGCGGUUUGGCACAUCGACGCCGUCUACUGGAGCAGCCUCCCCGUCGUCAAGACGGUGCAGAGCCUGCACUGGCAGGAGUUCAAGACUUCCAAACCGCUGAGGGUGUUUUGGAUCGCCUUUGGCUGCAUGUUUGUCUAUGAGUUCCUCCCGGCCUACAUGUGGCCGUGGCUCAACUCUGUGUCCAUUCCUUGUCUGGCUGCUAUGCACGCAACUGGCGAUCUUGGAGCUACUCUGACGAGGUUCUUUGGCGGUUCCAUCAACAAUGAGGGCCUUGGGCUAUUUUCACUGUCUUUUGACUGGCAAUAUAUCACAUCGUACAACACAUCUCUCCCCCUAAUCACUCAGCUGCACACCGGUCUCGGGCUUGGAAUCUGCAUGAUCGGAAUGGUAGUCGUAUGGUACACCAAUGCUUUCAACGCCCAGUCUCAGCCCUUUAUGAGCACCAGGCUGCACUCUGCCAACGGCUCCAUCUACCCCAUCUCGCAGGUCUUUGAGGCCGGUCAGCUCGACCACGCGGCACUGGAGAAGUUUGGUCUUCCACAACUGUCGGGCACUUUUGUCUGGGGCUUGUUUAUGGCGAAUGCUGCCAUUGGUGGCAUGAUUACUCACUGUGCAGUCUUUUACGCCAAAGACAUAAUCAACUCUUUCAAAAGCGCCAACAAGGACGAUUUCAAAGACCGCCAUCAUAACCAUAUGAAGGCCAACUACAAAGAGGCACCCUGGUGGUGGUUCGCGAUCGUCUUGUUUGUGAGCUUCAGCUUAGGGCUGAUAGUCGUCACAACACAAAACAUUACAUUGCCUUGGUGGGCUUAUAUGAUAUCGCUGCUUCUUGGGUGUAUAAUUGCGCCUCUUAGCACAAUGCUGUUCUCCCGUUUCGGCCUCGCAAUUGCUACAAAUAACUUGUCCAAGAUGUUGGCGGGUUUGAUCAUUCCUGAACGUCCAAUUGGCACAAUGUACUUUGCCGCGUGGAGUCACAGUGUGAUUAGCUCGUGCCAUUCUCUAUGCAAUGAUCUAAAGAUUGGGGAGUACCUCAAAAUCCCACCCAGAGACAUGUUCCUCACCCAAGUGUACGGCACCAUCCUCGGAGGCUUCAUCAACUACGGCGUCAUGAGCUCCAUCGUCAAAACCAACCGCGACCUCCUAGUAAACAGCGAUGGCAACAACUCCUGGAGCGGCGCCACCAUCCAGAGCUACAACACCAACGCCGCCACCUGGGCGCUGGCGAAAUACCUGUACGGCCCCGGCGGCGCUUACUCGAUCGUCCCGCUAGGUCUGGCUCUCGGCGUGGUGCUUGUGCUAAUCCACAGGGCGAUAGUCCACUUCGUCCCCAAGAUAAAAGGCUGGGACCUGGCCGAGAACAUCAACCUGCCGCAGCUGCUCACCUACUGCGGCGAGAUACCCAUCGGCGCCACGCAGACGUGCGUCAUCUUUAGCCAGAUCCUCGGCGGGCUGUUUGCGCAGUUUUAUCUGCGCAACUACCGGCCCCGCAUCUUCAAGAACUACUUUUACUCGACCGCGGGGGCCUUUGACGGCGCCGCGCUGUCGGCCUUGUUCUUGCUAUCAUUUGCCGUGUUUGGGGCCGCCGGUCCCGCGAUUCCGUUUCCGAGGUGGUGGGGGAACCGCGCCGGGGAGAAUUAUGAUUUUUGUCCCAAGGUCGAGUGA